AUGGCAUUCAGGAGGACAGAAGGGAUGUCCAUCCUUCAGGCCCUGGCCAUGACGGUGGCAGAGAUCCCUGUCUUUGUGUACACCACCUUCGGGCAGUCUGUCUUCUCCCAGCUGCGGCUGUCCCCGGGCCUGCGCAAGGUGCUCUUUGCCACGGCGCUGGGCACGGUGGCCCUGGCACUGGCUGCCCACCAGAUGAAGCGGCGCCGGCGGAGGAAGAAGCAGCUCACUGCUGAGAAGGGAGGCUGCAAGCCGGGGGGCAUCACUGUGCCCAUCCUGCCCACCAGAAGGGUCUCCUCUGUGAAGAAAGGAUACUCCAGCAGGAGAGUGCAGAGCCCUGGCAGCAAGAGCAAUGAUACCCUCAGUGGAAUUUCCUCCAUCGAGCCCAGCAAACAUUCCAGCUCCUCCCACAGCCUGGCCUCGAUGGUAGCAGUCAACUCCUGCAGCCCAACUGCAGCAGCAGCAGCAGGGGUGUGGGAGGUGCAGGCAGGAGAUGCUGCAGCCGUGGAGGACUCCAGUGCUGAGAGCCUCUAUGUCCAAGGCAUGGAGCUGUUUGAGGAGGCCCUGCAGAAGUGGGAGCAAGCUCUGACCAUCAGGCAGAGAGACAGUGCCAGCACCAGCACCCCAGUGCCCUGGGACAGCAAGAGGCAGCAGGAGAGCCUCUCUGAGAACAUCUCAGAGGAGGAGUCCCAGAGGAGGGAGUUUGCUGAGAAGCUGGAGGCCCUGCUGCACAGAGCCUACCACCUGCAGGAGGAGUUUGGGGCCUCGCUGCCCUCAGACAGUGUGCUGCUGGACCUGGAGAGGACUCUGAUGCUGCCGCUGGCGGACGGCUCCCUGCGGCUGCGCACGGAGGACGAGGACAGCUCAGCCUCUGAGGACUCCUUCUUCUCUGCAGCAGAGCUCUUUGACUCUCUUCACUUUGAUCAGAUCCCCUUCCACCUCUCCAAGCCAGUAGCUGCCUAUGAAGAAGCCCUGCAGCUGGUGAAGGAGGGGAAGGUUGCGUGCCGGACGCUGAGGACAGAGCUCCUCGGCUGCUACAGCGACCAGGACUUCCUUGCCAAGCUGCACUGCGUCAGGCAGGCCCUGCAGGAGCUGCUGGAGGAUGAAAGCAACCAACUGUUCUUUGGGGAGGUUGGGAAGCAAAUGGUGAUAGGGCUGAUGACAAAGGCUGACAAGAACCCCAAAGCCUUUCUGGAGAGCUACGAAGAGAUGCUGCAGUAUGCACUGAAGCAGGAGACCUGGGCAACCACCCAGCAGGAGCUGGAGGGAAGAGGGGUGGUGUGCAUGAGUUUCUUUGACAUUGUGCUGGACUUCAUCCUGAUGGAUGCUUUUGAGGACCUGGAGAACCCUCCCUCGUCCGUGCUGGCUGUGCUGCGCAACCGCUGGCUGUCCGACAGCUUCAAGGAGACUGCUCUGGCCACUGCCUGCUGGUCAGUUCUGAAAGCAAAAAGAAGGCUUCUGAUGGUCCCAGAUGGGUUUAUCUCUCACUUCUACUCCGUAUCGGAGCACGUCAGCCCUGUCCUAGCCUUUGGUUUCCUGGGGCCCAAGCAGCAGCUCUCUGAAGUCUGCAGUUUCUUCAAGCAGCAGAUCCUGCAGUACCUGAAGGACAUGUUUGACCUGGACAAGGUCAGGUACUCGUCGGUGCCAGCGCUGGCCGAGGACAUCCUGCAGCUGUCGCGGCGCCGCAGCGAGAUCCUGUUGGGCUACCUGGGCACACAGCUGCCCCCCAAGGCCAAUGGGCUGCUCCCUGCUGACCCUGAGCCCCUCAGGGAGCUCAUCUGA